GUUCAGUCAGAUAUCUCUCAGCACAGGACAGAGAAUAUGGGCUGGUCUUGGUUAAUUUUUGACCGAACUGUCAGCUGACUCUUGGCGCUCCUGUAUAUAUAAUGGAGAAGUUUCUGGCAAACUGUCUGCAGCAAAGAAGACAGUAAAGGCUGUAGAGAUGCGUGGGAUCUUUGCUAGUUGUGCACUCGCAGCGCUGCUGUUGGCUGCAGCCUGGGCAGACCACCACCACCACCACCACCACGAUGGUGCUGAUCACAGCCACGAGGGAGAACUGAGCUGCCACAAGCUUUCCCCUCCCAACGCUGACUUCGCCUUUGCCCUCUACAAAAACCUGAACGCCAAGGCUGCUGCAGGGCAGAACAUCUUCUACUCGCCGCUGGGCAUCUCCGCCGGCUUGUCCGUGCUGUCCUCCGGGGCCGGUGGUGAAACCCACCGCCAGCUGUUCUCCACCCUGGGCUACGGCGCUAACACCCAGGCACAGAUUAACGAAGCGUGGGAGCAUCUUUUCCACAUGAUGGGACACAGCAAGGACACUCAGCAGCUGGAAGUGGGUAACACCGUGGCCGUGCGCGCUGGCUUCUUUCCUCUGGAGAAGUUCACGAACGAUGCUAAGCACCACUACUCUAGUGAUAUCCUCAACGCCGACUUUACUGAUCCUGCCGGGGCUGCAGCUGAACUCAACAGAUUCAUUGCCGUUAAAACCCACGACAAGAUCAAAGAUAUGGUGAAGGACCUGGACCCUGAUACGGCCAUGGUGCUGAUCAACUAUGUCUACUUCAGAGGAGAGUGGGAGAAACCCUUCGAUGGUAACCAGACACAAAAGGCAGACUUCAAUGUGGACGAAACCACCAAGGUUCAGGUUGACAUGAUGAAGAGGACGGGCCGCUACGACCUCUAUCACGACCAUGAUAACCACACCACCGUCAUCAUGCUGCCCUACAAGGGCAACACCUCCAUGAUGAUCGUGCUGCCCGACGAAGGCAAGAUGUCAGAGGUGGAGGGCUACAUCAACAAGGACUACAUCAGGCGCUGGCAUGACUCACUCUACAGGAGCUCUGUGGAUCUGUCCCUGCCAAAGUUCUCCAUCUCUGCUGACGCCUCCCUGGGCAGCACACUGAAAGAAAUGGGCAUGACCGACGCUUUUGCGGACAACGCUGAUUUCUCUGGCAUGUCCACCGAGGUCAAGCUCAAAGUCUCAAAGGUGUCCCACAAGGCCGUGCUGAGUGUGGACGAAAGAGGAACAGAGGCGGCAGCCGUCACCACCAUCGAGGUCAUGCCCAUGAGCAUGCCCGAAACCAUGAAACUUGACAGACCCUUCUUGGUCUUCAUCCUGGAGGACUCGACCAGGAGCAUCCUCUUCAUGGGCAAGAUCAGCAACCCCACAGCUGUGUAAAGGUGCUAAAGAAAUGAGUGUUUCAUGUGUUACAUUUUGUAGUAGGUUUUUAGUAGCUACAGGAAAUUAGCUCAUUUUUACCCGAGCGUCUAAAAGCCCUGAGCUGGCACAGAGCACUGGGGAAUGACAAACGGAGGAUAGUUUGAUGAAUAAGACGACAGAUCUAUCAUCAAGUAACAGAAAUGUCAGCCUAUUAAUCUGCUUGCAGUCUGUCAGCAUGACACAUUUAUUACCAUCUGUCAUCCGAACCUGGCUAGGUGUAUAAAUAUCUAAAUAUAUCAUUAUAUAUUGUAUCCAGCUGACUAUAUGAUACAGAUAAUAAACAUUAGUGGAUAUAUCGCUUGAAGCAUCUGCUUACACACUGAGCCAACUUGUUAUUGUGCUAUCGCUGUUUUAACAUGUUGAAGUGAAUAAAGACUUGAAAAACUGGCA